GCCACCCCUUCGCGUCUCACUUCGAUCUAGGAAACGGUCUCGCGCGACUAUUACGUACCUUCGACGAGCGGAACUCGUCGUCUGUCCGACGGAUAGUCGUUCGGCAAGGGAGGAAAAUCGACGUAUCCGUUGUACGUUCAUCCGAGACUGCGGUCGUCGCGAACUUCGUGCGCCGCCUGCUUUAGGCUGCAUCGAGCGGCGUUAUCGAGAGCGCACGUCACCUCGAUUCUACUCGAUUCGUCGAAGGAUGUUGCUGCACAACGGUAGUAUCGUGCUCGGGCCGUUGCCUUUCGCCAGUAGAGUCGGAGACGUGCAACCGCUGCAAGAGCGAUUUCUGGGAUGGAAUUUUCCCGCGGAGCACGCCGACCUCGUGCAUCCGCAUUGGCGCGCCUUCCUCGCGCCCGGAAGACUAUGGCACAUCGCCCUUGCGCUUAUUUACUUCUUGCUCCUGAUGCUCUCCCUCGUCGGGAAUGGCAUCGUCAUUUGGAUUUUCAGCACGUCGAAGUCGCUGAGGACACCGUCGAACAUAUUCAUCUUGAACUUGGCCGUAUUCGACCUACUGAUGGCAACGGAGAUGCCUAUGCUGAUCAUAAACAGUUUCCUGGAGCGCACGAUUGGUUGGGAGACCGGAUGCGACGUGUACGCGUUGCUCGGCGCGGUUUCCGGAAUGGGGCAGGCGAUCACCAACGCGGCGAUCGCUUUCGAUCGAUACAGAACGAUUAGCUGUCCUAUUGACGGUAGACUCAACGGGAAGCAGGCUAUGGUGAUAACUUUGUCCACGUGGUUUUGGGCAUUGCCCUUCUCGAUACUGCCUAUGACCGGAUUAUGGGGUCGAUAUGUGGCAGAGGGUUUCCUCACCACGUGCAGUUUCGAUUACCUCACAGACGACGAGGACACGCGGACGUUCGUGAUAACGAUAUUCUUCUGGGCGUACGUACUCCCCAUGUUGCUGAUCGUUUACUUUUACUCCCAAUUGUUUAAGUCUAUUCGCAGUCACGAGAAAAUGCUGCGCGACCAAGCCAAGAAGAUGAACGUGAAGUCGCUCGUGUCGAACCAGGACAAAGAGAGGAGCGUCGAGAUGAGGAUCGCGAAAGCCGCCUUCACGAUCUUCUUCCUCUUUGUCCUCGCGUGGACGCCGUAUGCGGUCGUCGCCUUAACGGGAGCCUACGGAAAUCGCGAGGCGCUCACUCCUCUGUCGACAAUGUUGCCUGCCAUUUUCGCCAAGACGGUCUCGUGUAUCGAUCCGUGGAUAUACGCGAUCAACCAUCCUAGGUAUCGACAAGAGUUGGAGAAGCGCUGUAAGUGGUUGGGAAUUCGGGAACCAGUGGCCCAGGACGCCGUAUCGGCGCAGACCGAGAAAGUUAACGUGGAGGAAUCGUAAUCUCUCAUCGAUGACGAACGUCAGCUCGAUGCCGGGGUUGUCGAGAGGAUGCCGAUCGAUCGCGUAACAUUGUCACCACGAAUGCAAUUCCGAUCGAUCGCCCGGAUAUAUAUCUUUCUCGUUUUUCUUCCCUUCCCUUUUUCUUGAAAUGCAUCACACUCAUGUACGCAACUGAUCGAGAACCCUGUCCGGUUGCGUAGAGGGUCGUUAAUAAAAGAAGGUUGGUCGCUAUUUAACUCUCACAUACGUCGAGUUAUAUAAAUAUAAUCACAG